AUGUUUAUUAGUUUGGAGUACAAUACUACUCCUUUUGUGCGUGCUACUCGUCUAGGCGCUUCGCCCACGCUCGGCGUCAGUCUGAAUACAUGCGCUCGCCGCGAGGUAGUUCGGCUGGAAAGGGCGCUCGGCUCUGCGCUCGGCGUGCGGUGUGAAACAGGCCUCAGCGCUCAGCUCUCCGCGCUCAGCUCUCCGCGCUCAGCUCUCCGCGCUCAGCUCUCCGCUCUCAGCUCUCCGCUCUCAGCUCUCCGCGCUCAGCUCUCCGCGCUCAGCUCUCUGUGCUCAGCUCUCUGUGCUCAGCUCUCCGCGCUCAGCUCUCCGCGCUCAGCUCUCCGCGCUCAGCUCUCCGCUCUCCGCGCUCAGCUCUCCGCGCUCAGCUCUCUGUGCUCAGCUCUCCGCGCUCAGCUCUCCGCGCUCAGCUCUCCGUGCUCAGCUCUCUGUGCUCAGCUCUCUGUGCUCAGCUCUCCGCGCUCAGCUCUCCGCGCUCAGCUCUCUGUGCUCAGCUUUCCGCGCUCAGCUCUCUGUGCUCAGCUCUCCGCGCUCAGCUCUCCGCUCUCAGCUCUCUGUGCUCAGCUCUCCGCGCUCAGCUCUCCGCUCUCAGCUCUCUGUGCUCAGCUCUCCGCUCUCAGCUCUCCGCUCUCAGCUUUCCGCGCUCAGCUCUCUGUGCUCAGCUCUCCGCGCUCAGCUCUCCGCUCUCAGCUCUCUGUGCUCAGCUCUCCGCGCUCAGCUCUCCGCUCUCAGCUCUCUGUGCUCAGCUCUCCGCUCUCAGCUCUCCGCUCUCAGCUCUCCGCGCUCAGCUCUCUGUGCUCAGCUCUCCGCGCUCAGCUCUCUGUGCUCAGCUCUCCGCGCUCAGCUCUCCGCGCUCAGCUCUCUGUGCUCAGCUCUCCGCUCUCAGCUCUCUGUGCUCAGCUCUCCGCGCUCAGCUCUCCGCGCUCAGCUCUCCGCGCUCAGCUCUCUGUGCUCAGCUCUCCGCGCUCAGCUCUCCGCGCUCAGCUCUCUGUGCUCAGCUCUCCGCUCUCAGCUCUCUGUGCUCAGCUCUCCGCUCUCAGCUCUCAGCUCUCCGCGCUCAGCUCUCCGCGCUCAGCUCUCAGUGCUCAGCUUUCCGCGCUCAGCUCUCUGUGCUCAACUCUCUGUGCUCAGCUCUCUGUGCUCAGCUCUCUGUGCUCAGCUCUCCGCGCUCAGCUCUCCGUGCUCAACUCUCUGUGCUCAACUCUCUGUGCUCAGCUCUCUGUGCUCAGCUCUCUGUGCUCAGCUCUCUGUGCUCAGCUUUCCGCGCUCAGCUCUCUGUGCUCAGCUCUCCGCGCUCAGCUCUCCGCUCUCAGCUCUCUGUGCUCAGCUCUCCGCGCUCAGCUCUCCGCUCUCAGCUCUCUGUGCUCAGCUCUCCGCUCUCAGCUCUCCGCUCUCAGCUUUCCGCGCUCAGCUCUCUGUGCUCAGCUCUCCGCGCUCAGCUCUCUGUGCUCAGCUCUCUGUGCUCAGCUCUCCGCGCUCAGCUCUCCGCGCUCAGCUCUCUGUGCUCAGCUCUCCGCUCUCAGCUCUCUGUGCUCAGCUCUCCGCUCUCAGCUCUCAGCUCUCCGCGCUCAGCUCUCCGCGCUCAGCUCUCAGUGCUCAGCUUUCCGCGCUCAGCUCUCUGUGCUCAACUCUCUGUGCUCAGCUCUCCGCGCUCAGCUCUCCGCGCUCAGCUCUCUGUGCUCAGCUCUCUGUGCUCAGCUCUCCGCGCUCAGCUCUCCGCGCUCAGCUCUCCGCCUACACCUGCCGCUGCAGCUUUGGCCUGAUAUGAUCAGGUCGUUGAGGCGAGUGUCCGCUCCAGGUCCGCCACGCCGUUUUCCAAAACCAUAA